CCUCCCCUGGGGGCUGGGGCAUCUCAGAGUCCAGCGCGCUUGCGUGAGUAACGUUCUAAUUCCCUUUCCGGGUCCGUUUUCGAGCAAUGGAAUCUCUCACGGUUGCUCUGUUCCUCUGCCCUUUUUAAACCACAACCUCUGCCCCAAGAAAAUGAAAGUAGCAAGAGAAGCAGAGCAUAAUAGAAAAGGUGGAAAAAACAGAGGUUUAAAGUAGAGCAGCCUUACUCAUCUUCCUCUCUCCAUGAUUUCAUUUUGAGGACCAGGAUUGGUGGUAUAGUCUCUCCCUCCCUUCUUGGUUCCACAGUUUAGCACAAGCUCGAGGAUUUUGGGAGUUCGAGUAGCUUUGGUGGGAGGAACAAGAGAAAAGGAGACACUUUCCUCUGUUACGAAACAGAGCUCUGUUGUUUUGUCCCGUUAUAUCGAGUCGUCUUCUGAGAAGAUUUCUUCCAUUCCUUCUAAUUUUAAGACUCCAGAGAAGAAGUCAUAUGGAAGAAGAUUUGAAAAACAAGCCAGAUGCCUCUCCUCAGCUACUUGAUUUGAUUCCAAAUGAGAGAGACUGGAUGGUGAGAGACUCUGGAGGCGGAGGAGGAGGUGGAAGUGGUUCAAGAGCUUCCGAGGAGAGCAAGCUAGAGCUGAGGCUUGGUCCUCCUGGAGGAGAAGAGGAGUCCUCUGUUCUAUCUCUUGGUUACCUUUCGAAGGCCUCCAAGACUACCAAUCCCUGUGCUGGAGCCAAAAGGGGAUUUUUAGACACAGUUGAGUCCAAAACAGAAGGUCUCCAGCAGCAGCAGAGUGGGUUCUUUCAGCUACAGAGCAGAGGUGCCUUGGGACAGGAGUUAUCACAGAGGACAAAUGGCAACGCAGAGCAGCAGCCGCAGCAGCAGAGCCUUGAGAAGAAGGCCUGCAGUUCAUUACCACCAGCGCAUGCUGCUCCUGGGAGAAAAGCUGGACUGAACACCAACUCUCAGACAAGAAACAGAACUACCUCUCCGCCCGUGGUUGGUUGGCCUCCUAUCCGUUCGUUCAGGAAAAAUCUGGCAAGCAGCUCUUCUAAACCAACAUUUCAAUCACAGAGUGGGAACUCAGAGACUAGAGUAAAGCUUGAGAACUGCAGGAAGGGUUUAUUUGUGAAGAUUAACAUGGAUGGGAUCCCCAUAGGAAGAAAAAUAGAUUUGAAGGCCUAUGACAGCUACGAGAAGCUCUCUUCGGCUGUGGAAGAGCUCUUCCAAGGCCUUCUUGCGGCUCAAAGGGAUCCUUCCACAGCUGAAACUCAGAAGGAUGCAGAGGAAAGAAAAGCAUUUACAGGCUUGUUAGAUGGGACUGGUGAAUAUACCUUGGUUUAUGAAGACAAUGAAGGAGACAGAAUGCUGGUUGGGGAUGUUCCUUGGGACAUGUUUGUCUCUUCUGUCAAGAGGCUGAGGGUGCUGAAGAGCUCCGAUCUUUCUGUGCUAUCUCUGGGAGCAGUCUGCCGGAAAAGAACUGCGACAGAGUGUUGAAGGAAAGAGGAGAGGGAAUACAUAUUAGCGGCAAUGGGAUAGCAGGUCACAUGUAAAUCCAUUCAGUGAGAAGCCAACGCCUGUUAUUAUUAUUAGCCUUUUCCUGUUUAGGUGCUAAGAUGAUUGUCUAAAGCACGCAGCUCUUUUGUUCAUGACAACCCCCUUUCUUCUUAGACUUUUAAAAUAGACAUUCUUAGCUAUGAAGCUUGAAUCUUCUUCAAGUUA